AGUCCACAAACUCCCUCAGACGUUAGUUGUUCAUUAACUCUCUCGUAUAAAAGACCUCACUUCUGGGGAUUUGUCACAUCCAAAAUGGAAAGGCAUUUUUUGAUCACUUGGCUGUUUUUUUCUUCAUUACAAGUAUUUGUGGAACCUGCGGCACCUGAGAAUGCCAUCGAAAUCUACAGCCUGCAUGUGGACUGCAAAGUUACCUCACGUUAUGCCCACACAGUAAUCACCAGCAGAGUUGUCAACAGAGCGAAUGAAUCCAAGGAGGCUCUUUUUGAAGUGGAGUUACCCAAGUCAGCUUUCAUCACAAACUUUAGCAUGACAAUAGAUGGAGUAACAUAUCCUGGAAUAAUCAAGGAGAAGAAAUCUGCACAAGAUCAGUAUGACACUGCGGUUUCACGAGGACAAAGUGCUGGACUUGUCAAAUCAACUGGAAGAAAACUAGAACAGUUUCGUGUUUCAGUCAAUGUUGCAGCUGCUGCCAAAGUUAACUUUGAACUCACAUACGAGGAACUUCUAAAGCGAAAGCUGGGAAAAUACGAACUGCUGAUCAAGGUCAAGCCCAAACAACUUGUUAAACACUUUCAGAUUGACACCCACAUAUUUGAACCACAAGGUAUAAGUGCAUUGGAAACUGAGAGCACUUUUAUAACCAAUGAACUGAACAAUGCUCUAACAAAGGUACAGAAUGAGACAAAGGCCCACAUUUCAUUUAAACCAACCAUAGAUCAACAAAGAAAAACCCCUGGGCUGGAUGACACACUCCUUGACGGAGAUUUUCUCAUACGUUAUGAUGUUAAAAGGAGUGAGACUGCAGGUGAUAUACAGAUUGUUAAUGGAUAUUUUGUGCAUUAUUUUGCGCCUAGCCAAAUGCCAGCAUUUCCCAAAAAUGUGGUCUUUGUCAUAGACAAGAGUGGAUCUAUGGGUGGCAAGAAAAUACAGCAGACAAAAGAGGCACUGAACAAGAUUUUGGAAGACCUUAAUCCUGAAGACCACUUUACCUUAGUUCUCUUUAGUGGAACUGUGACUGUAUGGACUUCAUCUUUGUUGCAAGCUACAGAGGAGAAUGUGGAACGGGCUAAACGACACGUUGAGACCAUUUCUGCUGGUGGAUCAACAGAUAUUAAUGGUGCUCUUCAGGCGGCAAUAAAUUCGCUGGACAAAGACACCACAGCUGAGGUAUUGCCAGACCAAAGCAUUUCCAUGAUAAUUUUGCUGACAGAUGGUCAACCUACUACUGGUGAAACAAACAUUGAUAGGAUUCAAAGAAACAUACGGGGUGCUAAUAAUGGAAAAUACUUCAUCUACUGCCUUGGCUUUGGAUUUGACGUCAGCUACACAUUUUUGGAGAAGAUGGCUUUAGAAAAUGGAGGAGUGGCUCGCCGUAUAUACGAGGACUCAGAUGCAGCCUUGCAGCUCCAGGGCUUUUAUCACGAGGUAGCUAUGCCUAUCCUGAAAGAGAUUGAAAUGAAGUACCCAGACAAUGCCGUACUGGAAAUAACUCAGAAUAAUUUCAAGCUGCUCUUUGAUGGCUCUGAAAUUGUUGUAGCUGGAAAGCUCGGCAAUGAUGUUGAUGAUCUUCCUGUGGAAAUUAAGGCUAAAGCACUUUCCAGUGAACUUACUCUUAAAGAAGAGGCAAAUAUAAGAGAAAAGGAGCAAGUAUUUCAGCAUCAGAAAUACAUCUUUGGAAAUUUCAUCGAGAGAUUAUGGGCCUACUUGACAAUUCAACAGCUACUAGAAAAAUCUGCUUCAGCUGAUGGAGAACAGCGGGAAAACCUGGAAGCUAAAGUUUUGAACAUCUCCUUGAAGUUUGGAUUUGUUACACCCCUCACUUCCAUGGUGGUCACCAAACCCGAUGCUCAAGAGGUGGCAAACAAGCCUACAGAGGCAGAUAAUGAGAAUGUAAACACUGUUGCAGUUCGAACGUCUGGCAUGCAGAUGUUGUCUAGAAUUGUAGGAGGUAGCACUCCACUUGACAACUCCAGGAGUUACGAAAGGAUGAUUAUAUCUUCAAGUAUUGGAACUGCAGCAGGGCGAAAGCUUUACGACAACUCUAGGAGUGACCCAAUCGCUUCUCAAGAUUAUGCGGAUUAUUCAUACAGGUUGGUGGGGAGUCACCCAGGUAAUGUUCAGUCUCUCCCAGACACUGCUAAUGAGUAUCCAAGUUUCAUUCUUCAACUGACUCAUGAAAAAAAUCCCAUUUGUUUAAAUAUCAAUGGACAGUUGCAAACAGCCAUAACCCUGCUAACUGAUCCAGACAAAGGGAUCCAAGUGACUGGCAAGCUUGGAGAAAACAGAAAGUUUGUGGAGUUCAACGUAAUCUAUCAGACACCCAAUGUGCAAAUCAAUGUGUCAAUGGGAGAAAUUCUACUGAAUGAUCAGGGCAAUGUGAGCUCUUUCCCAUGGACAAAGAGUGAAUCUUUUACAACUAGAGGGUUGAGCUUUCUUAUUGAAAAGGAAAGGAGUCUUUCACUAUCAGGACCAGACGGUAUCACAAUACAAGUUUACUAUAUGAAGAACCCUCUUAACUUCCUUGGAUUGCACUUGAAUAAUAGUCAACUUUUUUCUAACAACAUUGCUGGAUUUUUUGGUCAGUUUUACUCUAAUAAACGUCUCCAAAAACAAGGGAAUAGAAAGAAGACAUUGACUGUACGAGGACAAUCAUAUAUUUUCAGAAGGCAAAACAAGAAAGAUUACAGGAUUGGACUGGGAGCCAUUGUCAAUUUUAGCUGCUGGUCACUGGAUAUAACUCCUUGAAGAACAGCAUUUAAAGCAGUAAAAAUGUCCAUAUUUUGUAUUAAGCGUAACUAUUACAUUUCAUUCCAGUAAUAACUAUUAAAAUGUAAAUGUUUAAUGCAGAAUUUUAAAUGUGGAGUCAUUAAAUCUAAUCAUCUAAUUGGACAAA